AUGCAGAUCGAGCAGCUGACCACGGAGCUAGCCAACGAGAAGUCCAACUCGCAGAAGAGCGAGAAUGGACGCGCUCUGCUCGAGCGCCAGAACAAGGAGCUGAAGGCCAAGCUGGCCGAGAUCGAAACGGCACAGCGCACCAAGGUGAAGGCCACCAUCGCCACACUCGAGGCCAAGAUCGCCAAUCUGGAGGAGCAGCUGGAGAACGAGGGCAAGGAGCGGCUGCUGCAGCUGAAGGCCAACCGCAAGAUGGACAAGAAGAUCAAGGAGCUGACGAUGAACAUCGAAGACGAGCGGAGACAUGUCGACCAGCACAAGGAGCAAAUGGAUAAGCUGAAUAGCCGCAUCAAACUGCUCAAGCGCAAUCUGGACGAAGGGGAGAAUGUUUCCAACUUCGAUGGUUCCACCAUGAUCUAUUUCUUCCGAAGUGCACUGAUCUUCAGCACUGAUAAGCUAAUUCAAAGAAGAGUCCACAUUCCACGCUCCAUUUAG